AUGCUUUCUCCUCCUUCUCAGGCUGUCCAAGAGGAGAUCACCAUCCCUGGCAGUUUCUUAAAGCUCAGCUACCUGAGCACCCGCUCCCCUGGCUACAAGUCUCUGUUACGCAUCAUCUUAACCCACUCCAUCAUCCCCACUGGCCUCGUUAAGGUGCACGUAUCCUCCGCCAUCGAGGGACGCCUCUUCCAGAAGUGGUUCCCUGCUGCCCCCAACCUGGUCUAUGUCCUGGCCUGGAACAAGACUGAUGUCUAUGGGCAGAAAGUGUUGGGCCUGGCCCAAGCUUUGGUCUCUGUAGGCUAUGAGUAUGAGUCAUGUGCUGACUACAUUGUGUGGGAGAGAAGGAUGGCUCAGCUGCAGGGCUUUGAGAUGAUUGCCUCCAACCUAGGGGGCUGGUCCCUGGACAAGCACCACAUCCUUAACCUCCAAAGCGGUGUCCUACACAAAGGGAAUGGAGAGAACAUUUUCAUCUCCCAGCAACCUCCAGUCAUCCACACAGUGAUGGGGACGGGGAACGUGCGCGCCAUCCCCUGCCCCAACUGUAAUGGGCCUGCCCUGGGCAGCAAGCUCUACGCUCCUGUCGCUAUCACUUGUGGCUCCGACGGCAGCAUCUACAUUGGUGACUUCAACUUCAUCAGAAGGAUUCUACCCAACGGAUUUGCUAUUAGCAUUCUAGAACUGAGGAAUCGAGAUAUCAGGCACAGCACCAGCCCAGCCCAUAAGUACUACCUGGCCAUGGACCCAGUAAGGGAGCUUCUUUACCUGUCUGACACCAGCAGCAGGAGGGUCUACAGACUCAGGACCCUCACAGAGCCGAAGGACCUGGCCAAGAACAUGGAGGUGGUGGCAGGGACGGGGGACCAGUGCACCCCCUUCGACCAGGGCCACUGUGGAGACAGGGGCAAAGCCACCGAGGCCUCCCUCAACAACCCCAGAGGGAUUGCAGUGGACAAGCAAGGAUUAGUCUACUUUGUUGAUGGAACCAUGAUUCGCAAGAUCAAUGGAAAAGGAAUGAUAUCAACUGUCAUUGGUUCCAAUAGCCUGACUUCCACUCAGCCAUUAAGUUGUGACGCCCGCAUGGAUAUUUCACAGGUUCGUCUAGAAUGGCCCACCUACCUGGCUGUCAACCCGAUGGACAACUCCCUGUACAUCCUGGACAACAACAUCGUGAUCCAGGUGUCAGAGAGCAGCCAGGUGAGGAUCGUGGCGGGCCGGCCCAUCCACUGCCAGGUCCCUGGGAUCGACCACUACCUGGUCAGUAAGGCAGCCGUCCACUCCACCCUGGAGGCAGCCAAGGCCAUCACCGUGUCCCACCAGGGCACGCUCUACAUCGCUGAGACGGACGAGAGGAAGAUCAACCGCAUCCAGCAGGUCACCACCAACGGGGAGAUCUCUGUGGUGGCCGGGGCGCCCACUGAGUGUGACUGCAAGAUCGACCCCAACUGUGACUGCUUUUCCGGAGAUGGUGGAUAUGCCCGUGAUGCCAAGCUGAAGGCUCCCUCCUCCCUGGCUGUUUCCCCUAAUGGGACUCUGUACAUCUCUGACCUGGGGAACAUCCGUAUCAGGGCCUUGUCCCCCAACAGGCCCCAGCUCAAUCAGAACAGCAUGUAUGAGAUCACCUCUGUGGUGGACCAGGAGCUCUAUCUGUUCAGUGUCAACGGCACUCACCUCCACACCCGCAGCCUGGUCACCGGAGACUACGUCUAUAACUUCACCUACUCAGGAGAGGGCGACGUGAGCGCCGUGGUCACCAGCGACGGCACCAUGGUCCAUGUGCGCCGCGAUGCCAACGGUGUCCCCCUCUGGCUACUGGUUCCCGGGGGUCAGGUCUAUUGGCUCACGAUCAGCAAUGGGGGCGUCCUCAAGAAAGUCUCCGCCCUGGCGCAUGACCUGGCGCAGAUCAGCUACCAUGGCAACUCGGGUCUCCUGGCAACCAUGAGCAAUGAGAACGCCUGGACAACAGUAUAUGAGUAUAAUUAUGACGGUCAUCUCAUCAAUGUCACCUUUCCAACGGGAGAGGUCAGCAGUUUCCACGGCAAUAUGGAGAAAUCAGUGCGGGUGGAAGCAGACACUUCAAAUCGGGAGAAAUUCAUCACAGCCACGAACUUCUCUGCUGCCAGCACUAUCUAUACAUUACGCCAAGAGCAUGCUCAGAACACGUACCGUGUGAGUUCGGACGGCUCUCUGUGGGUGACGUUUGCCAGUGGCAUGGAGGUGACCCUGAACACAGAACCCCACAUCUCGGCGGGCGUGGUCAACCCCACGGUGGGCAAGUGUAACAUCACCCUUCCGGGCGAGCAUGCUCACAGCGUCAUCGAGUGGAGGCAGAGAAGAGACCAGGCUAAAGGGAACUAUACGGCCUAUGAACGCAGGCUCAGGGCUCACAACAGAAAUGUGCUGUCCAUAGACUUUAACCAAGCCACACGAGUGGGCAAGAUCUAUGACGACCACCGCAAGUUCACCCUGCAGAUCCUCUAUGACCAGAUGGGUCGUCCCAUCGUCUGGUCUCCCAGCAGCAAGUACAAUGAGGUGAAUGUGACCUAUUCUCCAGCAGGCCUGGUGACUAGCAUCCAGAGGGGUAACUGGUCAGAGAAACUGGAGUAUGAGAACGGGAAGGUGGUUUCCAGAACAUGGACCAGUGGGAAGAUAUGGAGCUACACUUUCCUGGAGAAGUCGGUCAUGCUGCUGUUACACAGCCAGCGGCGGUACACCUUUGAGUAUGACCACACAGACUACCUGAUAUCUGUGACCAUGCCCAGUAUGGUGCGUCACAGUCUGCAGUCCAUGCUGUCAGUGGGCUACUACAGGAACACCUACAGCCCACCAGACAGCAGCGGAGCCUCUGUGAUCCAGGACUACAGCCAUGAUGGCCGCCUGCUCCAGACUCUGUACCUGGGCACGGGCCGCCGUAUCCUCUACCACUACACACGCCAGUCCCGCCUGGCAGAGAUCCUGUACGACACCACCCUGGUCACCUACACCUACGAAGAGGCCUCUGGGGGGGUGAAGACCAUCCACCUCAUGAACCAGGGCUUCAUGUGCACCAUCCGCUACAGACAGACAGGUCCUCUGGUUGGGAGACAGAUCUAUAGGUUUAGUGUGGAGGGCCUGGUGAAUGCCAGAUUUGACUACAGCUAUAAUAACUUCCGGGUCACCAGCAUGCAGGCCAUGAUCAAUGAAACUCCUCUUCCCAUUGACCUUUACCGUUAUGUUGACGUGUCUGGAAGGAUUGAACAGUUUGGAAAAUUCAGUGUCAUAAACUAUGACCUCAAUCAAGUGAUCACUACACACAUCAUGAAGCACACUAAGAUAUUUAAUGCGAACGGACAAGUAAUUGAGGUCCAGUACGAGAUCCUGAAGUCUAUUGCCUACUGGAUGACAGUGCAGUAUGACAACAUGGGCCGCAUCACUAUCUGUGACAUCAGAAUUGGUGUGGAUAACAAUAUAACACGCUACUCAUACGAGUAUGAUGCUGAUAGUCAGCUCCAGGCUGUGUCGGUGAAUGAUAGGCCACAGUGGCGCUAUAGUUACGACCUCAAUGGCAACAUUAAUUUACUGAGUCAUGGCAACAGUGCUAGACUCACACCGCUGCGCUACGACUUACGAGACCGCAUAACACGACUCGGAGAAAUUCAGUACAAAAUGGAUGAAGAUGGCUUUCUUCACCUGCGGGGCAAUGUCAUGUUUGAUUACAACUCCAAUGGGCUGCUUGCAAAAGCGUUUGACAAAGUGUCAGAGAGGAGUGUUCACUACCGCUACGAUGGCCUGGGCAGGCGGGUGGCCAGCAGGACCAGUGACGGCCAGCAGCUGCAGUUCUUCUACGCUGACCUGACCAAACCCACCAGGGUGACCCACAUGUACAACCACUCCAGCUCUGAGAUCACUUCCCUGUACUAUGACCUGCAGGGACACCUCAUCGCCAUGGAGCUGAGCAGCGGGGAGGAGUACUACGUAGCCUGUGAUAACUCUGGCACGCCACUGGCCAUCUUCAGUAGCCGAGGACACAUCGUCAAGGAGAUGCUUUACACCCCUUACGGAGACAUCUACCAAGACUCAAACCCAUCCUUUCAGCUGAUCAUCGGGUUCCAAGGCGGUCUAUAUGACGCGCUGACAAAGCUGGUCCACCUGGGGAGGAGGGACUAUGAUGUGGUGGCUGGGAGGUGGACCACUCCCAACCAUAACCUGUGGAUGGAGCUCAGCAUCAACCCGAAGCCUUUCAACCUCUACUCCUUCAAAAACAACUACCCGGUUGGAGAGUUACAGGAUGUCACCAAGUUCACUACAGACAUUAGCAGUUGGUUGCAACUGUUUGGGUUCCAGCUCCACAACGUUGUCCCUGGUUACCCCAAACCGGAGGUGGAGAGCAUGGAGCAAACUUAUGAAAUGAUGAGGACUCAAACCAAAACACAAGACUGGGACCCUAGUAAGGUUCUGUUGGGUAUCCAGUGUGAGUUGCAGAAACACCUGAAGAACUUCAUCUCUCUGGACCGGCUGCCUAUGCGUAAGGUGAGUGGUCAGCUGGGGGCGUGGCAUGGCCGGAGGCCCCGCUUCUCUGCCAUCUCCUCCAUCUUUGGUAAGGGCGUCAAGUUUGCCAUCAGCGAUAAUGUCGUCACCACCGAAAUCAUUGGAGUGGCGAGCGAGGACAGCCGACGUGUGGCAGCAAUCCUAAACCACGCGGUCUACCUCUCCGGCCUGCACUUCACGGUGGGCGGUCUGGACACUCACUACUUUAUCAAGCCUGGCCUGUUGGAGGGGGACCUGGGAGUGGUCGGCCACACCGGAGUGGGUCGCGUCCUGGAAAACGGCAUCAACAUGACCGUGUCCCAGAUGACGACAGUGGUGGGUGGGAGGACUAGGCGCUUCGCUGACAUCCAGAUGCAGCACGGGACUCUGUGCUUCAACAUCCGCUACGGUGCCACAGAGGAAGAGGAGAGGGAGCAUGUGCUGGAGGUGGCCCGGCAGAGGGCGGUGGAGCAGGCCUGGGUCAUCGAGCAAAGGAGGCUGGAGGAAGGAGAGGAGGGCUCCAGGCUCUGGACAGAGGGGGAGAGGCAGCAGCUGCUCUCCACUGGACAGGUGCCCGGCUAUGAUGGCUACUUCGUGCUCUCCGUGGAGCAGUACCUGGAGCUCUCUGACAGUGCCAACAACAUUCACUUCAUGAGGCAAAGUGAAAUAGGGAGGAGGUAACAGCGGCAUCUUGCUUCUCUACUGCCGUGGGUUCCCCUUCACCAAAGACAGUCUGUUUUUAGACAUACAAUGAUUUGUUGUACUGUUUUUUCUAGAAUGAUGACGAUAAAAUAAGAAAAAGACAACUGCCUUUAAAAGUGACAAAUGAUGGUAUUUUGUUUCACCUGUGUUUGGAUUGUUUAGUUUUUUCUGAGAAUGAGUUGAUCAUUUGAAGCUCUUGACUGUCUUUCAUUUGAGUGAUUUAGCUAGCUUCUGUAAUUUGACCUACUUUGUAAACUGUUAGAUAUGCUGAAUCUGAGAUGAGACGCUAUAUCAAGUUCAUUACCAUAUAAUUCAUCUUUAUACAUACUGUAUGUAUAACAGUGUUGUGAAUUUCUCUCAUUUCAGUUUAUACAGUACAUAUCUCUCUGAUCUUUUGAGAAAUGGUAGUGACAGCUACAGUCUUUUGUGACUACGAGACUGGCAUCGGGGAUUGCUGCUUCCUGCGUAUUUGAAGUUCUGGUGGUACAAUGGAGUAGAUUGUGUGGGCUUAGACACAUUAAAUUGUAUAUAGCAAGUGCUUUAGCGAGAUACAAGUGCUUAACUUGAUGUGUUGUUACUGAUUAUUAAUCGUUAAUCCUGUCAAUAGAAGUGAUCACUGGAGUUACACAGAGCAACGGGAAAAAGUAUUCAUGCUGAAAACCUGUACAGUAUAGUUUACAUUAUUAUUAUAUAUAUUUUUUUUUUUUACAAAUUGCUUAUUGUAAAAUAUAAUGUAUUAUCUGGGUGGAGCUUGUGCCUUUCUGCUCUUAAAAAAACUUUGAAGGAUGACAAUUCAAAAAACAUCUUUCCAUACCAUGAAAAGUGUUAUUAUUUGUAUAAUUGAUCUACUGGACUAGAAUCCUUAUGGAGUGGAGCUUGCAGGGCAGACUAUAGUGGCCUAUACAAAGUGCUAAAUCAUAGUGUAAAUGCUGCAAAUACCUCAUCAUAUUGUAAUUCACAGGUAUUACAUUCAUUGUACCUUAAUUAUUCUGAUGCCAUUACAAGGCAAUCUUUACCAUACCCUGUUUAGAAAGACCGAAGUGUCCCAGUAAUAGAAAUAUCUGAGCUAGCAAGUCAAUUAAAUAAGACCUACCUGGUUAAAUAAACAUGAAAUAAAUAAAAAAUGAAUUAGUAAGAAUCAAUCGUUUGCAUGGUAAAAAAAAAAAUGUCCAUACAUGUAGGACAAGGCACACUUCAAGUUUACCAAGUGGAUAGAAAUAUAGACUUUACAUCCGGAGCAGGACAUCAUAACAGGUUGAAAAGCAGCAGGAGAAGAGGACAAAUUCACAUUACGUGGCUGACGUAAUAUAACGUACCAGUUAUAGGUCGAAUAUAGUGGAUACGGAGGAGGAUUUUUCAAAAAGAAAUGCACACAGAGAGUAGCUGUUUCUCACAAAUAAAACGAAUUGGAAACCAUCUUUCAAUAUUUACACAUUUUUUUCGGUGCUUAAUUUACUGCUAAGUCACAUUGUGUUACAGUAUUAGUCAUUCCUAUUCCUCUGUGAAAAGAUUGUAAGUAGUGCUAUAUGCCUCUGUGACUAGUAUUCCACAGAAAUGAUCUGAGGAAUUUCGACAUCCGCUACCCCAUCUUCACAACAGCUAAAAUAUUUUCCAUGCAGCCCUAAUUAAACAAGCCUUAGUAAAGCAAUAGUUUAUUCAGUCCUUUGAAAGAUCUAAGAAACCUCCUUAUUUCCUAAGACUGACUUUCAAGUCUGGGAAUGAAUUUUAAUAAUUUAAUUUAUUUUGAUCAGAGUAUGACAUGUUUGGAACCGAAAAAGAGGGGUUUAAAAAGUAAAAUGUUGUCCAGCCAUCCACCCUCACGCAUUACCCACACACACAAUUUGGUUGUAUUGUUGUCAAGUAAUUUUGUAAUUGGGAUCUGUAUGGUUUGUGUGCUGACAUUUGUUUUCUAAGCUUCUCAUACGGAAAUGAAACAUUUAGCACUGUGGAAAAGUCUGAACCAAAAGCAUGAAGUGCUGUUGGACGAAGCCAAACACCCUAUAUUCUGAUAUUCACUUUAAUACUGUGAAGUUCAUCAAUAUAUAAUUCUGUGCAAAACCUUAUCUGUUGUUUUUACUUUCAUUCUCAUUGGGUUGUAUUGCAAAAAAAUCAAUUGUAUAAAACGUAGGCUAUAUGAUAUACUAUAUAACAUAUUUUGGGUAAAUGAAUUGAUAGUACUCCCUAUAAUUGAUAAUUCUCUGCCCAUUGGUGGUCAAAUUGAUGAUACUGUCUUAGUUGGGUAACAGAGUCUGAGAGCGAAGAUGAUGAGAUUGCCAAGAUACAUUUGUGAUAUACGGUAUACUAUGUAGACUGAUUGGUAUGAAAACACUAUUGCUUGACUGCAUUUUCUACUCUGGGCUUUGACCAAGCGGCAUGUAUUUUCUGCAAGCGCUCCAGGAAGUGGGUGUAAAUAAUGAGAAAUUCAUAUAUUGGGUGUGGAAAGUUCAUGUUCAAAACAAGGUACUUUGAAGGUUUGACUUUUAAUAAAUAAAUGUGCAAAUUC